AUGAAACGAAAAUUACCUUUCACGAUGAAUAAAAAUGCCGCUAGCGAGACAUUUAUUCACACGGAGCAGAGAUUUACAUCGUGGCAAGUCACGUCAUCGGAUAAGGAGAGCGAGGCGUCAACACCUCUAGAGACGGCUGGUAAAUCUUUCUUUGGAAACCUCCUAGGCGAGGCAAGAACGGGCGGCCGGGAUUUCGUCUCCCCGGGGGAGAAGAAGAAGGACCAGCAGAAGAAAGACGAAUACGAGCGCGCACAUUGGCGACCUGGUCAGAUACGUACGCCUACGCGAGAGUGGCAAGAUAUGCGACAGUUGCCCAGUGUGCAAAUGUUAGAGCAUCUUGGCAACGCUCUCAAUGAUGGCACCGCAUACCAAAAGAGCUCCACUUAUCGACCUGAAAGCCCCCUUCUUCAAGACCAGUUUUAUCCCGAUAAUGGUCUUCAAUAUGAGAACUCUUCGCAGGUCUCUUUCUGCCAACACCAAGACCUAUGUAUCGAGUGGAAUUCUCUGGAUCCGGACAACAAGAACGGCACAUGGAAGCCGAGGAUGAAAUCCUACUUCAAGUCUCCUUUGGAUCAUGAGGACCACAAGUCCUGCCCUGCACCUGAUUACCAGACGCGGGGCAAGAUUCUGGCUGAGCGUAUAAUCCAGAAGUUUCUGGACAUGGAGAAUGGCAAGCUUACCGCACGAGAUAGGCGAGACGGAAAGGAGCCACGUAGGCCACCGCCAAACAAUAGGGUGGAGCGUGAAAUUCAGUGCAUGAUUUCUCAGAUGAGCAGGGGCAAACACGAGAAGAUUGUCGAGCAGCGGGAGGCUACGCGGGUGUUAAUGAAUGCCCAAGACCGUAAGAAAGAGCUGGACACGAUGGUGUUGCAACAAGCACAACAAGAGGUGCAUCGCGGUCAGCGAGCUAAAGGCAUCACAGUUGACGAUUCGGAAGAUGACGAGGCGCCAUUGACAAAGCCCAAGAAAUUGAGAGUCAACACCAAGAGCACAUCUUUGGCAAAGCGGUCCACCAAGGAUGAAAAGAAGUCGCCAAUGACGAAGCGAACGAAGACACCACUGAAGCCUCGGAAGGCGAAGACGACUGGGGCAGAGUCUGAUGAAGACGGCCAUGUCGUGCCUAAAAAGGUGACUUCUGUACGGCCAAUACAUCGACGUCUCGUUUCGGAGCAAAGUUCAGAUGAAGAGGAGCAGCCUAAGGCAACUCCGAAGACCAAGACAACGGUGAAGCAACCACAGGCCCCAAAGGCUUCUCGAAAGCCAAAGCCGCGCGAAAUGACUACAGAGGAGCGAACUCUUCUAGCAGGUAUUCAUCAGGUCGAAGAGGAAGAGACGGAGCAUUACGCCGCGGUUGAGGUGAACGAAGAACCGCAGUCGGAAUCUCCUGAAGCAGACAACAAAGAUGAAGACGAUGAGCUUCGCAGUGUGCUAGCAGCGAUAGAGCGUCCUAACAUGGUUACAGGUGUCACUCAUCCCCAGCAAGCCUCUGUCACCGAGACGGCUACUAUAAAGAGGGCGACAAACGAGAAGGAUAUUGAAGAGGUUGAAGAAAGCUGGAGCUUCUUCAAGGCUGCAAGAGCAGAAGUGCAAGGGCAGGAGCAGGCUGACGACGAAGAAGACCAAGCGUUUACUCAGCCGUCAGAGACAUCUGCCACACCGGAGGCUGAUGAAGUUGCGCAUCAAGCACCUCUCAAGAAACCAGAGCAGACGAAGUCAAAGAAGCGCAAGGCAGCCGUCAUCGAGGAAGACAUGAGUGAAAAGCAGUCGCAGAAGAAGUCUAAGAAGUCUGCUGCCAUCAUUACGGACAGUGAUGACGACGCAGACUAUACACUACCUGCCGCGGCAACGAAGCUGCCAGAGGAGAUGGUCUGCGAAGGUUGGGAGGCUGAGGGAGCUGCGUUGGUAGAAGAGGUAGUUCAUCAACAAGAAAAGGAAGAGGAGCAGGAGCAGGAGCAGAAAGAGACCGCAGAGGAGAAUGAGGUAACGGAGACUAUUGAGACUCAAGAGACCAUUGAUAUCACGGACACGAUGGAGAAGAUUGCAACCACGCAGAUUAUUGGAGUCGACCACACCACGCAACUCGACGAGACGGAGCCUUCCGCUGAAGAUACUUCGACUCUCCCUUCUCCUUCAAAGAAGCGCAAGAGGAGUUCCACUCCCGAGCAGAUCCCCGAGGUGUCAUCAAGCAAGGAGUUGGACACCAAUGCACAGCCUGCCAAAAAGCUCAAGUCCUCCCCUGCAGAAGAAGAAAUCACCGUUAUCCAGGAAGAAGUCACACGCCCCUCCACCCCGCAGCCAUCGUCGUCGGUACCCCCAUCACCCUCAAGCACUCCCUCGCCGCUAAAGAGCACCAAGCGAAAGAAUGUAUUUUCUGAUUCCAUGGCUGAAGAAGAGGAUUCGUCUGUGACAUCUUCUACGCCAUCGAGGCUAGUUGAGAAGGUGAAGCGGGUUGCGUUUUCUCCAGAGGUUACGUCUCCUUGUGGACGGGAGCGGAAGAUGAGUAUCCCGUAUAUGGUUGACGUUGAGGGUGAUGCGGGGGUUGUGAAUGGUGAGGUGGAUAACACAGCGUUGUCCGAGGAUGACGAAGAUGGUUUAGAUGAGUUGUUCCUCGAGUAG